AUGAACUUCCUUCAGCCAAUCUUCGCUCUUCUUUUCAGCAUUACCUUUUCUCACGCAUGCCUGACCCUUGACGGCGUGUAUACUGUUUCUGGUGCUCAUUCUAAUACAAUCUCUGCAACCCUCAACGAUAACGGGAAAGUUACCUGCAAAUUCAGUGGCACCAUUGACCAAGACCAUUACUUCGCGAACUGCAUUCCAACAUUUGCAUCAUACAUCCACAGAGAUUUGACCAAGCUUGCUUACAGCAAUGACGGUCGGGAAUAUGUGAUCGACGUUAAAGCGACGAGAGACUUCAACAACUUUGAGAUCUACGAUAGGCUCUCUGCUCGAGCGUUCUGUGAAUAGUUUUUCUCAAAUCUAUCAUCUUGAUUGCUGCACAGCAACGUUGAUCUUCCCCACCUUUUCAUUGCCUUGCUUAGUUUCAGACACAAAACAAAAAAACACAUUUCGAUAUCACAAUGAAGUUCGCUUUGUUGCUUUUGGUUCUCCUCGCAUCCUUGGCCAAUGCCUGCCUCGUCUUUCACGCAAUCUACGAUCGGGAC